AUGUCCGCCCAAGACCCAUACACCCAGAAGAACCUCGAGGAGCCAUCGCUCAAGGAGAAAGUGGAGGAUUUGACCCAAUUCAUCGACAGGGCCAAGUUCUCGAUGCUCACAACCCACUCUAAGGAGGGUGUCCUUGCAAGCAGAUGCAUGGCUGUUGCUGGAAAGGUAGGCCGGACGAAUGGAAGGACAAGAUGGAAGAGUCGCUGAUGAAAACGCAGGAGGGUAACGGCGUCGACCUCAUCUACCACACCAACAACGAAUCUGGCAAGACGGAUGAUCUCGCCACCAGCCCGGAUGUGAACGUUGCUUUCCUCGACUCCUCCGGUGAGUGGGCUUCCAUCUCCGGCAAGGCCACCGUCGAGACCGACCGGGCGAAGGUCAAGGAGUACUACUCUCCUCUCCUCAAGGCAUGGCUCGGCGACCUUGGUGAUGGCAAGCACGAUGGUGGCCCAGAAGACCCGCGUAUUGGGUUGAUCAAGGUGAAGGCGGAGACGAUCCAGUAUGCCGUGAGCCGGAGGAACUUCAUCACCAGCACCAUCGAUGUGGUGAAGGGUGCGGUGACUGGAGAGGUGCCAGCCAUCAACAAACUGAGACACCUCGGCACGGAGGAGAUUCAGCAGUGUAAGCCACAGUGCAUUCGUAAGAUCGUUUGGGUCGAGGCUGACAAUGAUUCAGGGCGGGCUUCUGCUUAA